CAAUUUCUAAUGUGGCAACGCCAAACGCAAACGUCACAUUUCAGCUGGCUGUCGUCGCACCGAAAAUGGCUGCAAUUGUGCGAUUUAAUUUGUUAACCAAGCCGCAAUUAGUUGCGACACUUCCGGCCAGCGUGCAGCUGCAGCGGCUGCAGAGCACAGCUCCACCGGCUGGCACGCCGCCACCACAGACAAAGACCAAGUUUGGUCCCUUGGCCGACGAGGAUCGCAUCUUCACAAAUCUGUAUGGACGCCACGACUGGCGGCUGAGCGGUGCCCUGAAGCGCGGUGACUGGUACAAGACCAAGGAGAUUGUCCUGAAGGGUCCCAAUUGGAUCAUCAAUGAGAUCAAGACAUCGGGUCUGCGCGGACGCGGUGGCGCUGGCUUCCCCAGUGGCAUGAAGUGGUCUUUCAUGCAAAAGCCCGGCGAUGGACGCCCCAAGUACCUGGUGGUGAAUGCCGAUGAAGGCGAGCCUGGCACCUGCAAAGAUCGCGACAUAAUGCGUCACGAUCCCCACAAGCUGGUUGAGGGAUGUCUGAUUGCGGGCGCUGCCAUGGGCGCCCAGGCGGCCUACAUCUAUAUUCGUGGCGAGUUCUACAACGAAGCCUCGAACAUGCAGCUGGCCAUCGCAGAGGCCUAUCAGGCUGGCCUCAUUGGCAAGAAUGCCUGCGGCACGGGCUACGAUUUCGAUAUCUUCAUGCACCGUGGCGCUGGCGCUUACAUUUGCGGCGAGGAGACAGCUCUGAUUGAGUCGCUCGAGGGCAAGCAGGGCAAGCCACGCUUGAAGCCGCCAUUCCCCGCCGAUGUGGGUGUCUUCGGUUGCCCCACAACGGUGACCAAUGUGGAGACGGUGGCUGUUGCGCCCGCCAUCUGCCGUCGCGGUGGCACUUGGUUCGCCAGCUUUGGUCGCACCCGUAACUCGGGCACAAAGCUGUUCAACAUCUCGGGACACGUAAACAAUCCCUGCACGGUGGAGGAGGAAAUGUCCAUUCCGCUGAAGGAGCUGAUUGAGCGUCAUUGUGGCGGCGUCACUGGUGGCUGGGACAAUCUGUUGGGCGUCAUUCCCGGCGGUUCGUCCACACCGAUUAUACCCAAAAAUGUAUGCGACGAUGUGAUUAUGGAUUUUGAUGGCCUGAUUGCGGCCCAAACAUCUCUCGGAACGGCGGCCAUCAUUGUGAUGGACAAGUCCACGGAUGUGAUCAAGGCAAUUGCCCGCCUCAUCUCGUUCUACAAACACGAGAGCUGCGGCCAGUGCACACCAUGUCGCGAGGGCAUUGGCUGGAUGAACAAGAUCAUGACUCGCUUUGUCAAGGGCGAUGCUCAACCCGCUGAGAUUGAUAUGCUGUGGGAGAUUUCAAAGCAGAUCGAAGGCCACACCAUUUGCGCGCUAGGCGAUGGUGCCGCCUGGCCUGUCCAGGGCCUCAUUCGUCACUUCAGACCCGAGAUCGAGAAACGUAUGCAACAACAUGCGCAGCAAACGAAGCGCGCCACCAACUAAAUAAGAACUUAAUAGCGAAA